AUGGAGAGACUACAGCAGAUCAGCAACCAUUUGUUUGCCAAACCGGCAGCAGGCGAAAAAAAGGCCAGCGACGUGGUAAUCGUGAGCGCGUACAGAACCGCGCUGACCAGAGGCGGCAAGGGCAAGUUCAAGGACGUCAACUCGGACGAGCUGCUCAUGAAGCUUGUUUCCGGGCUUCUGAAAAAGGAUAAAAUUAAUGCUAAUUUGAUUGAGGAGGUGGUAGUCGGCAACGUCCUUAAUCCUGGCGCCGGAGUGAAUGAGCACCGCGCGGCUGUGCUUGCGGCAGGAGUGCCUGCUAGCUCCUCGUUUCUGGCGGUCAAUAGACAGUGUUCCUCGGGGCUGAUGGCAAUCAACGACAUUGCGAACAAAAUCCUGGUUGGCCAGAUUAAGUGCGGGCUGGCGGCCGGUGUCGAGAGCAUGUCGAAGAACUACGGGCCCCAGGCUGCACCCAAGAUCAGCAAGUGUGUCCAGGACGCAAGCUACGAUGCCAAAAGCUGUCUAUUGCCAAUGGGCACCACGAGUGAGAACGUGAACGAGAAAUACCACAUUAGCAGGGAAGAGCAGGACGAGUUUGCGGCCGCGUCGUACCAGAAAGCAGAAAAAGCAGUCAAAACGGGGCUGUUCAAGGACGAGAUCCUGCCAAUCGAGGUCGAGAUCGAGCAUGACGAUGACGAUGAUGAGGAUGAAGCUACGCGCGAAAAAGUCGUCGUUGACACCGACGAGGGAACACGACCAAACGUCACAGCACAGUCUCUGGGCAAGUUGCGGCCUGCAUUCAAGAAAGACGGCACUUCGCACGCAGGUAAUUCGUCGCAGGUCAGCGAUGGUGCUGCUGCGGUGCUGCUCAUGCGUCGCGACAUGGCAGAGGAGCUGGGUUUGCCGAUUUUGGGCAGAUACGUUGCCACCACCACUGUGGGAGUGAGUCCAGACAUUAUGGGUGUCGGCCCUGCGUAUGCGAUCCCCAAGCUCCUGAAAGCUUGUGGACUAACUGCCGACCAGAUCUCUGUGUUUGAGAUCAAUGAGGCGUUCGCCGGACAGGCGCUAUUUAGUCUCCGCUAUAACGAGCUUCCACUGGAAAAAGUCAAUCCUCGCGGCGGAGCAAUAGCCCUUGGACACCCCCUGGGAGCUACGGGAGCCCGCCAGGUGUGCACGCUAUUGCGCGAGCUCUCGCCUGGUCAGAUGGGUGUCACGAGUAUGUGCAUUGCUGGCGGACAGGGCGCGGCCGCACUAUUUAUUAGGGAGUAA